AUGAAGCAAUGAACCCUGGUAUCAAAGAGAUGGAGGCCGUGAUUCUGGAGUGUGCCAAGCUGGACAGAGAGAUAAACAACUUUGUCGACAUCGUCCAACAGGUCAUUCAGGUUUCUCCUCAGCAGCCAGAGGACAUGUUCAGCCUGUCUGCCAGAGUGAAGGAGCAGUUCUCAGAGAGAGCUGCUCAGCUCUCUGAUGCUGAGCUGCACAAACACCCAAAAGUGGUUGCCUUCAAGGAAAACAUCAAGAACUCUCUUCAACAAGCCAAUCAGGUGUCAGAGGAGAGCAUGGAGGAGCUGGAUGAUGACAUCGCUGUCACACAGAGCCAAGUGAACUUCACCUGCCCACUCACACAGGUGGAGAUGGUGAACCCAAUGAAAAAUAAGAAGUGCAACCACCACUACGAUGAAGAGGCGAUACUGGACCUGAUUAAAAAGAAAUCCAACCAGAAGAAGAAAUGCCGCUGUCCUGUCGUCGGCUGUGGAAACACAGACGUGACCGAAUCUGACCUCAUUCUGGACCAGAUUCUGAGGAGAAAGAUCCAGAACAACAAGAGGCAAAGCAAGAAGACAUAGUCCUUUACACCAUAUGAUAGAAUAUUACAAAACCUGUUUAAUUAAUGCAGAAGCUGUUGGUUUUUAUUCUGAGUCCGUUCAAAGAGUUACAGACUCCAGUUAAAGCAAGAUGUGUAUAUUUGUGACGUUUUGUACAAGAAAAAAUAUGCAUCUGAACCUUCCUGAGUUUUAGGAUGUUGUUUAUUUUUCCACUAGAGUUGGUUUGUAAUGUAUUUUUUAUUGGAUGUAAAUAAAAGCUUUGUUAAGAGAA